CUUAUGAAUGCAGUCAUCCUAUAUCGAAUUCUUGAAGAACUUAAAUCAUCAAAUACCGCGGGGUAUAAGAAUAUCCUCAUUCCCAGCCAGAAAAAAUCAUCUCGAACUUUCGACGAAAUCUGACCAUCGAUAUCACGACUUUACUACCCCACUCUCAAGAACAAUCUAAAUUUUCGAUAACAUGAGUGCCGAUACGGACACUCCAAGUACCAACAUUCUCGACCCUUCACUAAAGAAGAUACCUACCUCCAAACUCCCUCCAACCUCAAUAAUCUGGCCAUGGCCCGCAGAAGAAAUCCCACACUCAUCCGAAGAUGUACACAUCUCCUCAAUCCCCUACAACCAAAACAUCCGCACCUUCUCCCUCCAAGCCAUCAAAAGCAGCAGCAACACCCCAUCAUCCCUCCUCCCCCCACCACUAAUCUCCGCCUCCGAAUUCAUCCCCCCACCUCUCAUCACUCAUCUAAUGAGAAACAAGCGGGGUAGUGCCCUAGCAGCGAAAUUCGUCGACGGAGCGGAAAUCACCAAUAUGGAGGGCGUGAUGCACACUUUCGUUGUGCCGGUCGUGCCGAGAUGUGAGACCGCGGGGGAUUAUUGCUUUUCGUUUGGGCAUCGGGUUACGCCUCCCAUUGCUGCCACUGAGAAGGGUGAGCAUGUAGGGGAGGGGACGAAGGUCUUGAUGACGAGGUCGGUGGUUAUGAGUGCGUCGAUCCAUAUGGAUUUUGAGUCCUCGGAUGUUAUGAUGGAGUUGUGUAGGUUGAGGGGCAGAGAGGUGGUGGGGAGGGAUCUGAAUGAUGAUGCGGAAAGCGAGUGGAGUGUCCUAGGGAAGGAGGAGAAGCAGGAUGAUGAGAAGAGAGAGGAGUAUGAUGAGAGUUUGAGACGGCAUUUGGUGUUCCAUUUGAUGAGGGAGAGGAAGUUGCCUGCUGUUGGGAAGAAGUGGAAUAAAGUCUUCAGCCUGGAGAAAGCGCUGGCUUUUCUGUCGGAGCUUAUUUCUUCCUCGACCUCAACUCCUGAUACCAUCCAAGAGAAACUCGUCAACCAGCACGUCAAAAUCAACUCUCGGACGCUCUCUCUCGAGAUACUUUUCGCCACUGCCUUCCACCUUGUGCGCAACGAGUUCUCUGCCCUUGAAGCCCUCUGCACUCAGGGAUACCUCUACACGUAUGAUCCGGCUAGUAUCUUUGCCGGAGCCGUAGGUGCGGAGUUGUUGAAUAGGCUGUGGAUUCUCGCGCUUAAGGUUUUGGCGGGGAGCAACGAGCUGAAGAAUCUGAGGAUUUUUGGAUUCAAUAACUACGCCGACAAACCUGCUCUUGAUCUCGUCAAAACUGCGUUGGACAAUCAGAAGCAUGUGUUUGUUGUGAGUAAGGGAGAGCUUUUUCAAGGGACUGAUGGCAGAUAUGAGAGGGGGAGGUGGAUUACAGGAGAGGGGAGAGGUGAUGGUGGGAGGUAUGAUGUGAAGAAGUGGGAGGGAGCAAAUGGGGCGAUGCUGGUGAUUCAUAAUAACAGUGAUGCUUUUGGGCAGAAUGUUGAGACGGAGGGGAUGAGUGGGAGUUUGGAUGGGGCGAUUGGGGCGAGUUCUAGUGCUGCUGGGAGCUUGGAGAGGAGGAGGAAGGAUUUGCUGGACUGGGUUGUUUAAGGGAUGAAAAAUUGAAGAAGUUGAAGAGGGGAUUGGACUUGGGGGAAGUUGCUCUGCUUUGAUGAGAAGGCCGGUGCUUGAUUGAUCCUUGUGUGCUUGGAUGGUGUUGGGAAAGUCCAUUAGCCCGUUGAGGAUUUUGAAGCUUUUCCUGUCAAUAUACAAGAAAAUCAAUGCGAAAAAUGGUCAACUGAAAAUACUCUCUUUGCACAAAAAUAGACAUAAGAAAACAUAUCCUCGCUUGUGGUCCGAGAUAUGUGUAAGUAAACAUUGAAUUUGGCUGGG